AUGACGCAAAAGUACGAUGUAAUUAUUUAUGGCGCUACAGGAUUUACAGGCAGUUAUAUCGUUGAAAAUUUUUUAAAAAAUAAUGAAAAUGCGAAUAUAGCAAUUGCUGGACGAAAUGAAUUUCGACUUUUGGAAGUUCGCAAUAAAUUUGCCCAAAGCAAAGGUGAUGGUAAAUCUGGAAAAAUUCUUCCAUUUAUUGUAGCCGAUUGCUUUGAUGAUGAAGCAUUGGAUCGAAUGCUUUCGCAUACUAAAGUUGUUAUUAACGCCAUUGGUCCGUAUCGUCUAUAUGGUGAGCAAGUUGUGAAGGCAGCAAUCAGAAAUAGCGUGCAUUAUGUGGACAUAUGCGGUGAACCUUACUUUUUGGAAAAAAUGCAAAUGAUUUAUGACGAAGACGCAAAAGCAAAGGGAGUAUAUAUAGUCGGUGCAUGUGGUUGGGAUAGCAUCAUAUGCGAUCUAGGUAUUGUCAAAAUGAAACAAAUUUUUAAUGGUUCUUUGGAUUUUAUUGAGACAUUUACGCAGAUAAAUUUUGGUUCCGAGGGUUAUUCUAUAAAUGGAGGCACAUAUCGGUCAUUAAUUUUGGGAUUAUCAAAUGCAAGAACUGAUGAACUAGGCAAAAUUCGUCGAGCAAUAAUGCCUGAGAAGCUGCCAAAAAAUGAAUUUCCACCACCAAAACGGGGCAGAAUGUUUUACAAUGAUUAUAUCAACAGUUGGUGCAUACCGUUUUUAGGAUCUGAUAAAAGUGUUGUGAUGAGAACGCAAUAUUCAGAUUAUUUUUGUAACAAGCAGCGUCCUGUGACAAUAAAUACUUAUUAUGGAAUACAGUCUUUGUUAAAUGCAUUGUUGUUAUUAUUAUGGUUCUUUCUUUUGGAUAUAUUUCUUCGAUGCGACAAAUUAAAAACGCUUAUCUAUCGUAAUCCAAAGUUUUGUUCUUUCAAUAUGUUUAGUGAUGAUGGACCAACAGUUAAACAAAUUAAAGAAACGACAUUUUCUUAUUGGUUUUUUGGUGAAUGUCGUCAUGAUGACACUGUUGAUGGCGGUGAAAACAGACGUCAUAAGAAAGUAAUAUUGCGUUGUAACGGACCCGAUCCUGGAUAUCAAGCAACAUCUGCAUGCGUUAUUGCUGCCUCUACUGUGAUUAUUAAAGAUUUUGAUUUGCUACCCAAGGGUGGUGGAGUUCUGUCACCCGGAUAUGCAUUCAAAAACACAUCGAUUUUUAAGCUUCUGAAGGACUUCAGUAUUAGUUAUGAUGUUAUCGAAGAAACAUUUCAAUGA